AUGCUUGUCCCAACAACGAGCAUAAUUGCGGCCGUGGCUUGUCAGAGACGACGCGUUGGACCAAAAGCGGCAAACAUAGGCUCACUCACCAGCAAGCCAAAACCGCCUGUCGAAAACCUGGACGCUUUGGAGAAAGGAAUCGAGCCGGAGAUUGUCGUGAUGACAAUCGAACCAAAGCCGCGACUUGUUUUCAAGAAAGAUGACGUCAUUCGUUUAAAUGUUGGAGGACAGAGAUUUGACACCUUCCUAAGCACUCUCCUCGUCGAUCGAUCUAAUGAGCUUUUCUCUCAUUUUGUUGUUCUUCUCGAAGCCGAUCUUACAGAGGAGAAAAUGCCGAUUCGAGACAAUGAAGGAGCUUUCUUCUUGGACCGUGAUCCUGACCAGUUUCGUAUUUUGCUCAACAAUUUGCGUUACGUUUCCUAUUUGAGAGAAAGACAAAAGCUCGGGAAAUCCUCGGAAUCGCUGGCUUUCGACGAUGAAAACAAACACAAAUCCGGUGGACUGUUUGGACGUUUUCGAAAGGGGAAU